CCGGCGCUACACCGCGGCCUCUCCUAGCGCCUCCAUCGGCCUGCUCUUCCUUCCGCCCGGGGCAUCCCCACCUCGGCCAGCCCACCCGCUUCCUGUGGGUGGUGCGGGGCUCCGGCGCGCCCGCCUGACGUGAUUGUUGUGCGCGCGCGUCGCUCUGGGGUCCCGAGCCCGCCAUUGGCGUUUUCUAGUCAGCGGCAUCCUGCUGGCGGGGGUUCGGGGCCGAGCGCGGGGCGCGCGUCGCAACCGCUCUCCCCGCGGCUGGCAGAGCUCCGUUAUGGCUGCGGCGGAGGCGGAGGGGGCGAGCGCGGCUGCAGUUCCUGGUUCGGGUGCCGACGGCAGUGGCAAGUCGCCCGGAGUCGAAGGAGAGGGAGGAGGAGCGGUGGGCAAAGAGAAGGACGCGGCCGCGAAAGGAGCGGAGGCCGUCGGGGACAGUGAGGAUGACGGCGAGGAUGUGUUCGAGGUGGAGAAAAUCCUGGACAUGAAGAUCGAUGGGGGCAAGAUCGUUUAUAAAGUUCGAUGGAAAGGAUACACAUCAGAUGAUGAUACCUGGGAGCCUGAGGUUCACCUUGAGGACUGUAAAGAAGUUCUUCUUGAAUUUAGGAAGAAAGUUGCGGAUAACAAAGCUAAACCAGUGAAGAAGGAUGUCCAGAGACUGCCCUUAAAUAAUGACAUAUUUGAGGCAAACUCUGAUAGUGAUCAACAAAGUGAGACCAAAGAAGACACUUCUUCAAAGAAGAAAAAGAAAAAACUAAGGCAAAAAGAAGAGAAAAGCCCAGGUGAUCUGAAAAAGAAAAAAGCAAAGACUGGGAAACUAAAAGAUAAACCCAAACCAGACCUGGAGGGCUCCUCUGAAAGUAUGGUUUUUGAUUUAAGGACAAAGAAAAGAAUUUUGGAAGCCAAAGAAGAAUUAAAGGAAUCCAAAAAGCCCAAAAAAGAUGAUAUAAAAGAAACUAAGGAGUUAAAGAAAGUUAAAAAGGGUGAAAUAAGAGAUUUAAAGACUAAAAAAAGAGAAGAUUCCAAAGAAAACAGAAAAAUAAAAAAAGAGAAAUGUGUUGAAUCUCAGGUGGACUCCGAAUUGAGUGUCCUUAGUGAUUCCCCUUUUCAGGAAGAAGACAGUGAAGAUUUGCAUUCUGACAACAGAAACGAGAAGCAGCCAAUUAAAGGUGCAAAAGAUAAAGCAGAGCCGGAGGCAAUUCAAGAUACUGUUUCUGAUAAACAGCAGGAUGGCACUGUGAGCGCUGAUGAGGAUGAGGUCAAAGCAAAGAGGAAGAAAAAGAAACUGAGAAGGACAGAGGAACUUAAAGAGAGCAAAAAGCUAGAAAACAAGAGCCUCUUAGAGAAGAAAAAUACACAGAAAAAGCAGAGGAAUCCCGACAAAGGCCCAAGUGGCGCUGAGUUAGAUAAGCCAAUGGCUGCCUCCGCUCCAGCACAGAAGAGCUCCAGACCGUGUGCGGAGGAGAGAGGCUCCAGGCCCGCAGACUCCUCGGGGGAGGUGAGUGCGGAGGAGAAAGAGACCAAAAAAAAUGAACCCAAAGAAAAAUACCCGAAAAAGCAUGAUUUGGACAAGGAAGAAAAAGGCCGAAAAGAGCCCAAGGCAUUAAAGAAAAUUUGUGACUCAUUUAUUAUCAACUUAUUUUUGUCACUAGCAUUUAAGGAAAUCAGAAAUGCAUUUGAUUUAUUUAAAUUAACUCCAGAAGAAAAAAGUGAUUUUCCUGAGAAUAAUCGGAAAAGAGAAGAAGUACCACCGGAUUGUAAAGUCACAGGAGACCACAGGAGCAAGGAAAACAAGCAGCUACUUAAAGAAAGGAGAACUACGAGAGAUGAGACUGAUACAUGGGCAUAUAUAGCUGCAGAUGGUGGUCAAGAGGUUGUGGACAGCACGCCCCAAGCGGACGAGAAUUCUGAUGGCAGACAACAGAUUUUGAGUUUCGGCAUGGAUUUGCAGUUGGAAUGGAUGAAAUUAGAGGAUUUUCAAAAACAUCUUGAUGGGGAAGAUGAGAAUUUUACAACAGCAGAAGCAAUUCCAAGCAAUGUAUUGAGGGAUGCUGUGAAAAACGGGGAUUAUAUUACUGUGAAGUUUGCACUUAAUUCAAGUGAAGAAUAUAACCUGGACCAAGAGGAUUCCAGCGGGAUGACACUGGUGAUGCUUGCGGCAGCUGGGGGGCAGGACGACCUGCUGAGGCUGCUCCUCAAGAAGGGGGCAAAAGUGAACGGUCGGCAGAAGAACGGGACCACCGCGCUCAUCCAUGCUGCCGAGAAGAACUUUUUAACGACAGUGGCUAUUCUUUUGGAAGCAGGAGCUUUUGUAAACGUCCAGCAGAGCAAUGGUGAGACGGCUCUAAUGAAGGCCUGUAAAAGGGGAAAUUCAGACAUCGUCCGCCUUGUCAUUGAGUGCGGGGCUGAUUGCAACAUUCUGUCAAAGCACCAGAACAGUGCGCUGCAUUUCGCAAAGCAGUGUAACAACGUGCUGGUGUAUGACCUGCUGAAGAAUCACUUAGAGACACUUUCAAGAGUAGCAGAAGAAACAAUAAAGGAUUACUUUGAAGCGCGUCUUGCUCUCCUAGAACCAGUUUUCCCAAUAGCAUGUCAUCGUCUCUGUGAGGGCCCAGACUUUUCAAUGGAUUUCAAUUACAGAAUCCCACAGAACAUACCAGAAGGCUCCGGCAUCCUGCUGUUUAUUUUCCACGCAAACUUUCUGGGUAAAGAGGUCAUUGCUCGCCUCUGUGGACCGUGUAGUGUACAAGCUGUCGUUUUAAAUGAUAAAUUUCAACUCCCUGUUUUCCUGGACAGUCAUUUUGUUUACUCGUUCAGCCCUGCCGCAGGCCUCAAUAAACUCUUUAUAAGGUUGACGGAAGCGCCGUCUGCUAAGGUUAAGUUGCUAAUAGGUGCGUACAGAGUACAGCUGCAAUGACCAAAGAAUUGGGAGAGAGUUAUUCUCAGACCUAUUUCUAAACACUCUUCAAAGCAGUAUGGAAUUCUGGCACAGCUCACACUUCCAAAUUAAAAGUUUCUUCUGUAAGCCUCUUGCAUUUAAGGCCUGUCAGUCUGAGAGAUGGGGCAUGGUGCAUCUAACAUAUAAAACACAGAUGUAAGUAUUUGUGCCAGUGCUCUGAAAUCUAGAUAUUGUGUCCAGACUGUAUGUUUUUCCACAGUGUGGAAUGGUUCAUAUGAGGAUUAUUUAAGAAAAUUAAAACUUUUUUUUAACUUGAAAUUUUUUACUAGCCCUAAUGAAUUUUUGUGUUUAAAAAAAAAAAAAUCCAGUGGGAAUGUUAGCACUAAGUUAAUGUGUGAGUUUGCAUCCCUUGAAGUAGGAUUAAUCUAAGGUGGUAGGCGGGUUUGAGGGAGGAGGUCUGAUCUUUCCAACGUGCUAUUGACACAGAUCCUGAGUAGGUGACAACUUUAUAUAUCUGCAGGUUACCCUUUAUUGUUUGAAAAGAUAGUAAAUCAAUCUGAGAUAUAGCAAAAAAAAAAA